AUGGCGAAAAAAUCAAGCUCAGAUAGUUCGAAGAAGAAGAAAAGUAAGAACAAGAUUAAGAGCAAGUUAAGCGUUCUCAAUUCAGAGGCAAAGAAAAACAAAGCACCCAAAGAAAAUCCAUUCGAGAGCAUUUGGUCUCGGCGCAAGUUUAAUAUCUUGGGCAAGAAACGUAAGGACGAAGAACGACGCCGUAUUGGGCUCUCUCGCUCACUCGCCAUUCAAAAGGUCCUGCUUUCGUUACUCUGUUCGUUUGAGCUUGUGAGGCAAAAGACACUGCUAAAGGAAUAUGAGCAGAGCGCAAAGUCUUCGGUCUUUGUUGAUAAGCGUAUUGGAGAGCAAAAUGAGGGACUCGGGGAGUUUGACAAGGCAAUUCUGAGGUCCCAACGCGAACGGCAGUUAACUCUGAAGAAGAAAAGUAAGUAUAAUUUAUCUGAUGGGGAGGAAGAUGACUUUGAGAUUCCAGAUGGUGGGUACUUUCCAGAAAGGGACGAUUUUGAAGAUGAUGUACCUUUGGAUGAGGAUGAUGCUGGCCAAUCAAUUGGAUAUCCAAAAAAAUUAAAUCUGGAUACCCGUGAAGCUGAAGAUGGUCCAGGAUCAAGAACAAUUGAAGAAAAUGCAGAUAGGCCUAAGAGCAAGAAAGAAGUAAUGGAGGAUAUCAUCACCAAAAGCAAGUUCUUCAAGGCUCAAAAAGCAAAGGAUAAGGAAGAAAAUGAGCAGUUCAUUGAACAAUUGGACAAGGAUUUUGCAUCUUUAGUACAGUCUGAGGCCCUCUUGUCCUUGACUGAGCCAAAUAAAAUGAAAGCCCUCAAGGCCCUUGUAAACAAUGUAUCAAUCGAUAACGCGAAAAAAGAGGAGAUGGAUAAUGUUCAGAAGAAAGUUUCCUUCCAGCAGGAGAAACCCGAUCAUUAUGACAAGCUAGUUGGUGAAAUGGCACUUGACAUGCGUGCUCGGCCAUCGGACAGGUCUAAGACACCCGAAGAGUUAGCUCAAGAGGAGAAAGAGCGUCUAGAGAAGUUGGAGGAAGAACGUCAGAAGAGAAUGGCUGUGGGCCAUGAUUCCAGUAAUGAAGAUGCCGACACAUCUGAGGAUGAUGAUGAUGAUGAAUCUGCAAAGGAGAGUACACAUAUAUCUGGGGAUGAUCUAGGUGAUUCCUUCUCUCACGAUGCCAAGCUGAAAACUAAAGCUAUCUGGAUCGAUGACAUUCUCAGAAAAGAAAAUGAUAACAAUAUCGAAAGUGAAGGUGCAACUACUUCUGGCGAAUCAGAAAACGAGGAGGAUGAUGAUGAUGAUGAGGAGGAGGAGGAGGAGGAGGAGGAUGAUGAUGAUGAUGACCAUGAUGAAGAUGAGAAGCCUCAGUCUCUGAAGGACUGGGAACAAAGUGACGAUGAAAACAUUGAAGCUAAUCUGUAUGAUGAGGAUGAGGAUGAGGAUGAAGAUGGUGAUGGAGGUGAAGGGGGUGAAAUAAUGAAAAAGAAAGAGAAAAAGAUAUCAGAAAGUAGGGUUAAACAGAAAGACAGUGAAAAUUCGUACAAUGGAAAAACUAAUGCUAAGGAGGAACCACUUAAAAAAGUGGAGCUUCCGUACACGAUUGAGGCACCAAAGAGUUUUGAUGAAUUUAGUGCAUUGGUGGAGAAUUGUUCGAAUGAUCAGAUUUUGGAAGCUAUUAGACGAAUCCGGACAUUUAAUGCCAUCUCCAUUGCUGCAGAAAAUAGGAAAAAGAUUCAGGUGUUCUACGGAGUGCUGCUGCAAUAUUUUGCUGUUUUGGCAAAUAAAAAGCCACUGAAUUUCGAAUUGCUUAAUAUGCUCACUAAGCCUUUGAUGGAAAUGAGUGCUGAGAUCCCAUAUUUUGCAGCCAUAUGUGCUCGUCAGAGGUUGCUUCGUACACGCACCCAGUUCUGUGAGGAUAUUAAGAAUACAGGAGAAAGCUGUUGGCCUUCCCUGAAGACACUUUUUCUAUUGAGGCUAUGGUCGAUGAUUUUCCCAUGUUCUGAUUUUCGUCAUGCUGUAAUGACCCCUGCCAUUUUGUUGAUGUCUGAAUACCUCAUAAGGUGUCCGAUUAUUUCGGGCCGGGAUAUUGCAAUCGGUUCCUUCUUGUGUUCCAUGGUGCUUUCUGUCUGUAGUCAAUCCCAAAAGUUCUGUCCCGAGGCUAUCACAUUUAUACAAACGAUGUUAAUGGCAUCUGUGAAUAAUAAACAAAGAUACAAAACAUCUCAGUUAUAUCAUCUUAUGGAGUUAAAAACGCUAAGGCCGCUACUCCAUAUGGAAGGCCGUGUUGAAGAAAUUAAUUCCUUAGAUUUUCUAGCAAUAAUGGACUUGCCAGAUGAUUCUCCUUAUUUUACAUCGGAUGAUUUCAGGGCCAGCAUUCUUUUUGCGAUAAUUGGAAAUCUGAAAGGAUUUGUCAAAAUUUUCGAGGGAUUCAAAUCCUUCCCUGAGAUAUUCCUGCCGAUUUCAGAAAUAUUAAACGGGCUCUCAGAAGAAGAUCUUCUACCCGAUCAAUUGAAGGCCGAAAUCAAAGACAUUACCCAACUUAUCGAGAAAAAAUCCGAAGAACACCACUUAUUACGUCAGCCAUUGAGAAUCCGAAAGCAAAAGGUUAUCAAAACAGCAAUCCCAAAGUUUGAGGAUAAUUUUGUUAAGGGGAGGGAUUAUGAUCCGGACAGAGAUCGAGCAGAGAGGAAAAAACUGAAGAGAAAAUUGAAACAGGAAGCUAAGGGGGCCAUGCGUGAAUUGAGAAAGGAUAAUUAUUUCUUGUUGGAGGUUAAAGAAAGGGAUAAAGCGCGAAUGGAGGAAGAAAAAGCUGAGAAGCUCGGCAAAUUUAGAUCUUUUCUUCAAGAACAGGAGCAUGCUUUUAAAUCCGGGCAGCUUGGGAAAGGAAAAGGCAGGAAGAGAAGGAGAUAAGGUUCUCUCACUUCUCUCUAUUUACAAUUUUUUUUUUUUUUUUUUUU